AUGGAGUUUGUGAGCUCCAAUUCGGUAGGAGCUUCUGGGAGCCUCAUUAUUAUGUGGAACACUGAAAUCUUCAAAGCUACCAAUGUUCUUACACAUAGAUCUUUUGUACUCCGGGAAGAGGUACUUCUUAACUCCUUACCAUGUGUCCUGGUAAAUAUCUAUGCACCUAAUGAGGGCUUGCCACAUCCAAUUUCUGAUCAUUGUCCAGUAGUUCUCCUAGAUGAUGAUAGAGAUUGGGGUCCCCGAUCCUUCCGGUUCUUGGAUAUUUGGCUUUCCAACCCCAAUUGUAUGAGGAUUGCCAAAGAAACAUGGGAGGAGGUCCAGAUUAAUGGGUGGGCUGGAUUCAUUUUUUUACAAAAACUAAAGGCUAUAAAAGACAAGUUGAGGGUGUGGAACAAGGAGGAGUUUGGCGACUUAAAUUGUGCACUACAAGAAUGUGAGGCAGCUCUCCACCAACUUGAUGUUUUGGCAGAAGAACGACACCUUACUGAAGAGGAGAAAACAACAAGAUGCAAGACGAGAACAGAAUUCUGGAGGUUGUCAAGGCUCUCGGAAUCUCUAUGGAGACAAAAGUCGAGGGUAAAAUGGCUGAAAUUGGGCGAUAAAAAUACAAGAUUUUUUCAAGUCAUCGCUAAUUAUAGAUUCAAGAGGAACAUGGUGGGCUUUGUUAAGGUGGAUGGCAGCAUAAUAGAGGAACUUGGAGACAUUAAGGAAGCAGCAGUGGUGUAUUUUCGUUCCAAUUUUAAAGAGGAAAGGAGAUUUCGAACUAUUUUGGGUGGCUCCUUUAAUAGACGCUUGAAUUCGGAUGUAGCUAUGCAACUUGAAAAACAAUUUGAGGAAGGGGAGAUAGUGGUUGUACUGAAAGAUUGCAAUAGCCUCAAAGGUCCUGGGGUGGAUGGGUUCAAUUUCUCCUUUGUGAAGAAAUGUUGGAGUUUUAUGAAAGAUUUUUGCGGAAUUCCAUGA